CUCUAAUGUUACUUUAAAGGACACUGAAUCAGGCCUUGCAGGACUUAAAUCUCUCAGUUUAAAAACAGAUUUUAUAUUUAAAGGGGUAAACAUUGUGUAUGGCUCCCCAACGUAUAGCAAAUGCAUAUUUAUUUAUGUUUUGACAACACAAGUCGUUAAAAACAAAGUGUGCAUUGAGAGCAGACUCUGUACUGGAGCGCCGCGGCACACGGUGGCGUUUUUGGUACUCGGAUGUAGCGGCGGAGUCAGAGCUCCUCGUUUUUCCCUGCCGCUGUUUGUUAUGUAGCUGCCGUGCAACAACCUCCAGCCUGUUUCCUCCGCCGCGCCGCGUUAUCAGCCCAUCCAUUCAUUGGCUGGCUGUUGUUAGCAACAGCAGUAGAUGUUGCGAAUAAGAUAACAUGUUAGCAGACAGCUGACUCAGUGCGGGCCGAGAGGACGCCGGCAGCCCGACACUCAUGUCCUAAGUUUAUCUCCGACAAGGAGCUGUUGCAGUCAGCUAAGCCGAGGAAAAAAAUAACGAUUCUAGCAGCUUCUCAAACACCAUGGCCCCACACCCGGUCGUCCAGGCCAUCAUCGACCUUUCUGCUGGAGCCGUAGGAGGUGCUGCGUGUGUCCUGACAGGUCAGCCUAUGGACACAGCAAAAGUGAAGAUGCAGACCUUCCCUUCGCUGUACCGGGGCUUUCUCCACUGUGUAGCGUCCACCUAUAGACAAGUGGGCAUGCGUGGUCUGUACCAGGGCACCACCCCGGCACUCAUGGCCAACAUCGCAGAGAACUCGGUGCUCUUCAUGAGCUAUGGCUUCUGCCAGCAGGUCAUCCGCUUCACGGCGGGACUGGACAACGAGGCUGUGCUGAGUGACAUGCAAAAAGCCUGUGCUGGUUCAGUGGCGUCCAUCUUCUCCUCGCUCGUGCUCUGCCCCACCGAGCUGGUGAAGUGCCGACUCCAAGCCAUGUAUGAAAUGGAGGCGUCAGGCAAGAUCGCCGGUGGCCAAAACACGGUGUGGUCGGUGGUGAAGACGGUGAUGAGGACUGAUGGACCCCUGGGCUUCUUCCAGGGCCUGACCACAACCAUCGCCAGAGAGGUUCCUGGGUACUUCUGCUUCUUCGGUGCCUACGAGCUCUGCCGCUCCGCCUUUGCAGAUUACAUGAAGUGUGACAAAGACGACAUAGGCGUGGCUCCGAUUGUGUUCAGUGGUGGGUUCGGGGGGGCAUGCCUGUGGCUCGUGGUCUAUCCUAUGGACUGUGUCAAGUCUCGGAUCCAGGUCAUGUCCAUGACAGGAAAGCAGCAAGGAUUCUUCAAAACCUUCAUGACCAUCUCGCGGACUGAAGGUGUGAGGGCGCUCUACUCCGGCCUCACCCCCACCAUGGUCCGCACCUUCCCCGCCAAUGGAGCGCUGUUCCUGGGUUACGAAGCCAGCCGGAAGCUCAUGAUGAAGCAGUUUGACAGCUAACCGGGCCUGUAUGCGCUGAGCUGAUGGGAGAACAGUUAACCGUAGUCAGAGUGAAGUUUUAUAGCCUCGUAGCAUUGUCGGUCCUCCAGUUUUUGAAGCGUGUUCAGGCCCUCAUAGUCUCCUUAACCUACACUACUUGAAACUGCCACACUCCGUUUAUUUCAAAACCUGUGAAAAAAUCAGUCUUAUGUAUUGUUUCCUUUUUAAAAAUCCUUAAAUUGUUCAUUUUAAUAUGUUUUUAUUUAAUAAGUUAAUUCCUAAAACCUGACAAUGUUUUUAAACAUACGUGACAGUAAUUAGUAUAAAGGAACCUGCAUCAGCAUAUAUACGACUGAAGAAUCACCGACACUCCAGUGAAGUACAGGGUGUCCAUAAAGUCUCUUUACAAUUUAACAAAUUUAUUACAAAAGCAAAUGAAUAGACAAAUCUGUGGAAAUUAUUACAAAAUAAGGAGUAGAUAUUGAAGUUUUUUUUUUUUUUUUUGCC